AAAAAAGAAAAGAAGCAUAUGGUAUAUGUGGAGAAUGUAAUGAACCUGGCACAGGAUGGUACUGGAGUCAACCUUGUAAUGCAAAAAGAUUUAAAAAAAAUUUUAAAAAUUGGACUAGUGGAAAUAAAGAUAUUGAUGAAUUAAUACAAUAUUCACAACUUAAUGCUGUACAUUAUAAAACAUGCCUUGAAUGGAUACCUUUUGAGAAUUUACAAAAUGUUACUUAUAUUACCAGAGGAGGCUUUGGUAAAAUUUAUUCAGCUGAAUGGCCUGAAGGAUAUAUUUGGUAUUGGGAUAUUGAAAAUCAAAAAUGGGAAAGAGUCAAAAACUGUAAAGUUGCAUUAAAAAGUUUGGAUAAUUCUUCCGAAAUUUGUACUGACUUUAUAAAUGAGAUCAAAACUUAUCUUCAGAUUUAUAUUCGGAAUAUUGUUUAUUGCUAUGGAAUAACACAAGAUCCAAAUACCAAGGAUUAUAUGAUGGUUUUA